CUUUCAGAAGCCUAUUUUUCACGCCUAUUCCAUUUCCGGUCGCUCUCGCAACCGUUUCUCCUCUCCCUCACCAGACCUCACGUCUUGCUGGUGAGGUGUCCAUCGUUGGGUGAGCAGAAACCUACCGCAUUGACUUGCAUUUCACUGGUCAUCUUGUCAUGGGAUGCUCGUUGUCAUCUCUUCUUAUCUGAGGACCUUCUUGAGCUUUUGGAAUUCUCUGAGAAACCCCUGAGAGAUAAAGGAGACUCGUGGUUCUUGCUCACUCUCGCUGUAAGGAAAGUUCGAGUUCAAAAGAAAGCUCCUUUUUUGAAGUAAUUGAGAACUCGUUGGUUUAUUCCUUUCUUUUGCUGGUCUUGCUGCACGCUUUGUUAGAAAGAGUAAAUUAGGGGUCUUACGGAGUGGGGCUAUGAAGUGUUUCCCUUUAUCAAAUCGAGAGAAGGGAGAACCUCAAGAAAGGAGGUCUCCAUCUGCUAUGUCAAGCAGCACCACAUCAACAGAUCGUGAUAUGAGGAUGUCAGCAUCUGAGUUCAACUCUCUAAGUGUCUCAGACAUGAGUGCGGAUUCCAUAUGGAGGUCUCAGUUCCCUAGUUUCUUACAGAGGCCAAGCAAUCUCAGGACAUUCACUUUUGAAGAACUGAGGAAUGCUACAAGGAAUUUCAGCCGCUCACUAAUGAUUGGAGAAGGUGGAUUUGGAUGCGUUUACAGGGGCACAAUCAGGAGCUCUGUUGAAACAAAUGCAAGGAAAGAUGUUGCCAUAAAACAACUCAGUCGCAGAGGGCUGCAGGGGCAUAAGGAAUGGUUGACUGAAGUACAUGUUCUUGGGGUGGUUGAACAUCCAAAUCUUGUCAAACUUAUUGGUUACUGUGCUGAAGAUGAUGAAAGAGGAAUGCAGCGUCUUCUUGUAUAUGAAUUUAUGCCUAACAGGAGCGUGGAGGAUCAUUUGUCAGCUCGAUGUGCUAAACCUCUUCCAUGGGCCAUGAGACUAAGGACAGCUCUUGAUGCGGCUCGUGGCUUGACAUACCUGCAUGAAGAAACAGAUUUCCAGAUAAUUUUUCGAGAUAUGAAAACUUCCAACAUUCUCUUGGAUGAGCAUUGGAAUGCAAAAUUGUCUGACUUUGGCUUGGCUAGACAAGGACCAGCAGAAGGACAAAGUCAUGUUUCAACAGCAGUUAUGGGAACCAUUGGCUAUGCAGCUCCUGAGUACAUCCAAACUGGGCGCUUGACUGCCAAGAGCGACAUAUGGAGCUAUGGUGUUGUUCUUUAUGAGCUUAUCACUGGUCGUCGCCCAAUGGAUAGGAACCGCCCAAGAGCUGAGCAGAAGCUCUUGAAUUGGGUUAAACCAUACAUAUCCGACAUCAGGAAGUUUCAUAUGAUCGUAGAUCCAAGGCUAGAAGGGAACUAUACUCUAAAAUCAGCAACAAAACUUGCAGCUGUGGCAAACAGAUGUUUGAUACGCUAUCCCAAAUCAAGGCCAAGGAUGAGUGAAGUGUUAGAGAUGGUUCAAAGCAUCAUAGAGAAUAUGGAGACUGGGACUCCAAACCCUCCUCCGAGGGGUUAUUUAGAAGAGACAACUUCUGAAGAAAGUACAAAGAGAGGGCUGGACUUGAAGAGAAGGAUUAGGGAUUUGAAAGUAGAAGGGAGACGGCUUGUGUGGCAAGGAUGGACACCAAAGCUUGUAAGGACACACUGAUGAUGACUGUGACGAUGAUAAUGAGAAAGUAUCUGGUACGAAGUUUGUUAGCUUAAUUACAUUGAGCAGCAAUAUAUUGUUGUAUUUAUGUAUGUAAUCGUCAAAUCAAUGAUGAGAGGUUCUCUAUAUUUCUGAGUUUGUUUGCAAAACAGCAACAAGAAGCUGCAAAGCCGGUUUUGCAUUGUUAUAGGUAUCACUCUAUUGUGAUGAUAUGUAGCUUAACGGGACAAUAAAAAGAAUCCCUGCUUCUACAAGGACAAAAACAAAUUACCAGUGGCACGAUGGGAGGUUGCAACAUGGGAAUUUUAUGCUCACUCAAGUUCAGCACAUUGUGUGUACUUUUUUUUUUUUUUUAAAUUGUAAUCAAAAUGUGAAUAAUAUCUCCUUCUUGAAAUGUUGUUUGUGGCUUCAUAAAUUCAUGAUUUUCUCAUUGUAAGUGAACCAUGCUGUCUUAUCAUUCCAAAGCUUUAAUAACUAAUUGGCUGAUAUUCGCAUGUUAAA